CUCAUACCAGGAUUUCUCAUUUUCCUACAAUGUAUAGUAUUAAUAGGCAUGGUGGGAAAAAAAAAGUAGGCAUCCUAGUAGCAUUUUUUCUUCAACUGUCAACAGUGAACAUGACAAGGAGUUAGAUCUCACACAUGUUGUGUGCUCUCCACUUCUGCUGACUGUAGAAUGAAAACAAACGUGCUGUUGUAGGGAUCAGUGUCCUUCAGUGAUGUGGCUGUGGGCUUCACCAAAGAGGAGUGGCAGCAUCUGGACCCUGCUCAGAGGACCCUGUAGAGACGUGAUGUUGGAGAACUACAGCCUCCUCAUCUCAUGGGGUAUCGCAUUACUAAACCAGAGGUGAUUUAUAAGUUGGAGCAUGGAGAGUCCCUGUGGAUAUUAGAGGAAGAAUCCCCAAGUCAGAGCUACCUAGACUGCUGCAUAGAUGAUGACCUGAUGGAGGUGAGACAGGAAAAUCAAGACCAGCAUUUGCGGAAAGUUGAUUUUGUCAACAACAAAAUGCUUACUAAGGACAGGAAUGGUGUAUUAGGAAAAACAUUUUAUCUUCACACAAACUCCAUUCUAUUAAGAAAAAUACGUAGCAACUGUGACUCAUAUGGAGUGAGUUUGAAUUAUAUUUAAGAAUUAAUUAUUAGUAAUAGAAGCUCCUUUGUAAGGAAGCCUGAUAAGUAUAAUGCACAUGGGGAAUUUCUCCUCUGUACGAAGCAGGAGAAUCCUUAUACCAGAGGGAAACCUUUGGAAUAUGAUAGAAAUAGGAAAGGCAUCGCUCAGAAUGAGGACCCAUUUAGUCAUCAGUAUAUUUAAAUUCUGAAGCAGUGUUUUGAAUAUAAUCAGUGUGGGAAGGCUAUUCAUGAAGAGGCAGCCUGCAGUAAGAGAGUAUGCCCAUGGGAGAAGCCCUGUGACUAUAAUGAACAUGUGAGAACCUUUUCCAAUAGACCAAUAUUCAUUGUUCAUCAGAGAACUCACAUAACGGGGAAUCACUGUGAAUUCAGGGAAUGUGAGUGGAGGUCUGCUGGUGAGAAGCCACCUGUAAAAAAACACCACAGAGUUAUAGAGAUGAAACAUUAUGAGUGUAAUGUGAGUGAGAAUCCAUUUGGCAAGAAAUUACGCCUCUUUCAAUGAAGUUACAGAGGAGAGAAAACUUUUGACUGUAAUAGAGAUUUGGAAGUACUCUGCAAGAAGCCAAAUUUCACUCAGCAUCAAGAAACACAUAUAGGAAAGAAUGCCUAUAAAAUUAAUCAGUAUGCUAGUAUAUUUUGCAAUAAGCCAAAGCUUUCUGUAUAUCAGAAAACAGAUGUAGGAGAAAAACUCUAUGAAUGUAGUGAAUGUGGGAAAACCUUCAGCCGUAAAUCCUCUUUCAUCCUAUAUCAGAGGAUACACAGAGGAGAGAAACCCUAUGAAUGCACUGAAUGUGGGAAAACUUUUGGAUAUAGGUCAUGCCUUGCAGUACAUCAAAGAACACUUUACAGGGGAGAAACCCAAUGAAUGUGGAAAAAAAUUCUGUGAGAAGUCAAAUCUUCAUGUACAUCAGAGAGCACACACAGGAGAGAAACCCUAUGAAUGUAAUGAAUGUCAGAAAGCGUUCGGUGAUAGGUCAGCUCUAAUAGUACAUCAGAGAAUACAUACUGGCCAGAAACCCUAUGAAUGUAAGGAAUGUGGGAAAACUUUCUCCCAGAAGCCAAACUUCAUUAAUCAUGUGAUUAAUGAACUCACAUGGGAGAGAAACCCUAUGAAUGCAGAGAAUGUAAAAAAGCCUUCUCUGUGAAGUCAAAACUUAGAGAACAUUGGAGAAUUCACAUAGGGGGGAAACCCUAUAAUUGUAAUGAAUGUGAGAACACGUUCUACCACAAGUCAUCCCUUACAGUACAUCAAGAGAACUCACACAGGAGAGAAACCCUAUGCAUGUAGUGAAUGUGGGAAAACCUUGUACCAGAAGUCAUCCCUCACAACACAUCAGAGAACACACACAAGGGAGUAAUCCUAUGAAUGUAAUGAAACAUUUUACCAGAAUCCUGACUUGAAACAUCAAAGAGACAACAUAGAGGAAACCCCUGUCAACAUCCUGAAGGCUCAGAAACCUUCACCUUCUUGUUGGACUCAUUCCAUAGCAGAAGCAACCCAGAGUGGGGGUAGAACACCCAAUAAAGAUGAUAAAUCUUUUGCC